AUGAACAAACAUCCUCAAUCGCUCGAUACGAAUCUUGCACCGGUGGCGAAGCGAUCUUGCUGUGGUACUGCCGUAGCCAUCGGUACGCUGGAAGUGGUUUCCCGCUCUGAGGAGACGGAUCCGAGCGCACCGGGACUCGUCGGAAAUGCGCAGGAUGUACCGAAUGCUAAGGAUGUGCCGGUAGCACCGACGUCUCUUGCGCGCCCGGACGCCCCAGCAUCAGGUGCGAGCGGUGAUCCCGGUGACUCGUUCGGUUCGUACAUGAAAUCGCACGACAAAAAGUACUACGCCAAGUACCGCACCGAACGGAGACGGUCCGCCUACAUGGACAACCUGGAGGAGAUCAACACGCACAACCAGGAGUUUAAGGCGGGCAAGAACCGCUUCCGGCUGGCACCGAACGCCUUCGCCGAUAUGCCCAACAGCGAGUAUCGGAAGCGGCUGGUGCGGCUCAAGACGGAUACGCACCGCAAGGUAAGUGAAACCAUCACGGACGAGAUCGUCGGUUCCAGCCAGUCCGACGAGGUGCCGGACGAGCUGGACUGGCGCGAAAAAGGGUUCAAGACGGAGCCGGCCAACCAGAAAACCUGUGGAUCCUGUUACGCCUUCAGCGUGGCCUACGCCAUCUCGGCGCAGCUGAUGAAGCACAUCGGGCGCGUGGAGCUGGUGAGCGAACAGCAGAUGGUGGACUGCUCGACUGAGACCGGGAAUUUGGGCUGCGGAGGUGGCUCCCUCAGGAACACCCUGAAGUAUCUCGAAAAGGCGGGCGGCGUGAUGCGCGAAGUUGACUACCCGUACACAUCUUCGGUAAGUGUUUGUAGCUAUUACUAG